CCCAGGACUCAGUUCUGGCCUUUCCUGAGCCCUGAAUUUCACCAUGGACCUGUUGCAGCUGCUGCUGCUACUGCCCCUGCUCUGGAAGGGAACCAUUUCUCAAAAUACAGAGUAUGGGAUUCGUGUCCAGGAGACAGUGACUGUGCAGGAGGGCCUGUGUGUCUCCAUACCCUGCUCCUUCUAUUACCCCCAAAGAAAUAAGAAUAAUAAGGCAGUUUAUGGAUACUGGUACUAUACAGGCUUUUGGAAAAGCAGUCUUGCAGCCACCAAUGACCCCCAAGAAAGUGUUCAUACCUGGGCCCGAGGCCGGUUCCACCUCAUUGGAGAUCCCCAGAUGAACAGCUGCUCCCUGCUUAUUACUGCAGCCCAGAAAAAUGAUUAUGGGAGUUACACGUUCUGGGUGAAGAAUGAGAAGAUGAAUCAUGGUUACAAGGACAAGGUGGUAUCUAUCCACGUAAACGAUCUGACCCAGAAGCCAGUGGUGCACAUUCCAGAGAUCUUGAAGUCAGGGCACCAGGUGAAUUUGACCUGCAGAGUUCCUGGGGCCUGCAGUGAAGGGCCAUCCAUCACUUUCCUCUGGACUGGGACUGCCCUGUCACCUUACAGAUUUGCCUCCCAAGAUCCCCACUCCUCCCAGCUCCUCUUCACCCCCCAGCCUCAGCACCAUGGCACUAGCCUCACCUGUCGGGUGACAUUCAAAAAUCCCAGCAUGACCACAGAGACCACAGUCCAGCUCAGGGUUCCCUACCCUCCUGGGAAUAUGAAGAUUAUUUCCUCAGCAAAUGGGACAGAUCCAGUAUUCCCAGGAAACACCUCAUCUUUGGUGGUCUUAGAGGGUGAAUCCCUAACUCUGGUCUGUUACACGCAUAGCAAGCCCCCAGCCACAAUGAGCUGGGCCCAUGGAAACCAAAUCUUGAAUUCUACCCAGGCCCCAGGCCCUGGGGUCCUGCGCCUGGCACUGUUGGAACUGAGGAACAAGGACAGUGGAGAAUACACCUGCCAAGCCAGGAACUCACUGGGGCAUCAGAACUACUCAGUGAGACUCUGUGUGCAGACUCUAAUGCAGAAGCCAGAGGUGCACAUUCCAGAGAUUCUGGAGUCAGGGCACCCAGUCACCUUGACCUGUUUGGUCCCUGGGGCCUGCAGAGAGGGGAAUCAUUUUACCUACCUCUGGACUGGGACCGCCCUUUCUUCUCAGGGUUCUGCCCUGCUGAAUACCUCCAAACUCCUCUUCACCCCCCAGUCCCAGGAUCAUGGCACUAACAUUACCUGCCAAGUGACAUUCCCAAAGGCCAGAGUGAGCACAGAGAGGACUGUCCAGCUACAGGUCACCUACCCUCCUCAGAAUAUGACCAUCAGUGUUUCCUGGGCAAACAAAACAGGACCAGAAUUAUUAGGAAACACAUCAUCCCUGCAGGUCCUGGAGGGUGAGUCCCUGACUCUGGUCUGUGCCACAGAGAGCAACCCUCCAGCCACCCUCAUCUGGACCUACAGGAACCAAGUCCUGCAAUCUUCUGAGGCCUCAGAUCCUGGGGUCCUGUACCUAGAACUGUCUAAACUGGGGCCCAAGGACAGAGGCGAAUACACCUGCCAAGCUCAGCACCCACUGGGACCUCAACAGCACUCAGUGAGACUCUGUGUCCAGACCUGCUCUUGCUGCCCUAUCUCUGAGGAGAAUGGUUCUUGGCCUCUGAUCUUCACCCUGCUUCGAGGAGCAGUCAUGGGAGCCAGCUUUCUUCUUACCUAUGGCCUCACCUGGCUUUAUUACACCUGCCGAGUGAAGCAGCCCCUGGACACCAUGGAUAAGAGUGAGCUGAUGGACAUUUAUUCAGUUCCUGUGCACUAUGGGACCCAGGAUAUGUCACAGACACAGGACUGCUGGAUAAAAUCGCAGUAGCUAGCAUCUCAUUGAUUUUAAAUUCUUGCUCUCUUAUCUCACGAGGGACCACAUUAGUGCUCAGAAAUAUUUCUAGUCACCUUUUAUUGACUCCGAAGUUUACUCCCCAAAGGCACAGUUCCAAACUUUCUCCUCUAUUCUCAAGUCCCUGACCCCACCUUGUCGACAGCCCUCAGAAGAUGCUCAGGUCUCCUACUUCCCUGAGAAGACCUACUUACUCUUCUCUCCACACCUGAACAACCUCCCUUUCCUCACCUCCUCUUGCUCUCUAGUCUCUGAAGACUGAGUCAAUCCUCCUGGACCCUCAUCUUAAUCUUGAAACCAUAGCCUCCUACAUUCCCCAUGUCAUCCCUAGAAAUUGGGGAGGCGACCAAUACCAAGCCCUUCCUGAUCAGAAAUCCACUGUACAACUUCCCUGAAAUGUGACCAUGCAUUUUCUGCUAGGAGACCUCAAAUAAUGGUGUGUGCUUGACCCCCUGAAGAAGCUUAUUUCACCUUAAUAUAGCUUAGGAAGCUCUUCAUUGCCAAUAUGGCUUACAUCUCUACCCCCUCCCCUGCUUCUUCUGGCCUCUGGGCCAAUCAGAACAAGUCUCAUUCACAUGAUCAUCCUUCAAAACACUAGGAGAAAACUAUGUCUCCCCCAUUUCCCCAAGCUUUCCCCUCUCCAGGCUAAACAUGACCAUUUCCAAUCACCCUCAAAUGGCUUGUUCUCUAGCCCUGCUCUCAUCAUCCUGCUACCUUUUACAUGAAGAAAUACCAUUAGUGACUCCAUUUUGCCUUUAUCCAUCAUUUUGUGAAGCGGUUUCAGUUGCUUGUCACUUGAUUUUGAAGAUGUCACAAGAUUACUCCCCCUCCCAAAGGUUACCUGACUUAAAGAAUGUCACAAAAUUAACCCUCUCCCUCUCACCUCAGUGUGUCCCAACCCCCUCCACCAAUAGGAAACCAGGUAUCUCAAUCCCUAUAAUCCUGUUUUUCACUCCCUCCAAAUUGUAUAUUAACUGUGUAGAAACCAAUGGUCAGUGUCCUUGGUUACUGAGAGCCUUGGUCCCAAUUUGCUUCUACAACCAUAUGCAUUGCUAAAUAAAUCGUUGUCUGGAUGCAA